AUGUGUGAUCCAUGCAACGUACCAUGCGACUCCAUUUGUGGACCAUCAGUUUAUCCAACCUGUAGUCCUUGUGGAGCUUGCGAACCUUGUGGACCUUGCGAACCUUGUGGACCUUGCGAACCUUGUGGACCAUAUGGAACUUGCGGACCUUGUGGCCCUUGUGGCCCUUGUGAACCUUGUGGUCCAUGCGAGCCACGUCGACCUUUUGGACCUUGCAGUCCAUGCGGACCAUGUGGACCUUGCGGGCCAUGUGGACCUUGCGGGCCAUGUGGACCUUGCGGGCCAUGUGGCCCUUGUGGACCAUGCGGACCAUGCGAACCAUGCGGACCUUGCGGUCCUUGUGCACCGUGUGGCCCCUGCCGACCAGUAAGCCUCUGUGAGUGUAUCGCCCGCCAAUACAGCCCGUACGGAUCCUUCUAG